ACCAGUGGAUCACGUAGAGGACAAGCCCAGGACUUCUCACCUUAGAGGAUAACCCAGCCCACAAAGUCCAGAGUCCACAGAGUCUGCAAAUGACAGAAUGGUAUCCGAAGCGAAUGACACCACGAAGAGUGUAAAGGUCAGUUUCGAGUGAGAUGAGUCCGAUGUCUUCAAAUCUAAUCGGUUCCUAAGGUUUGACCAUUAUUCUCUUCUAUAUAACACGAGUCUGAACCAUGUCGUCGGUGAACGACGAGCGAAAUAUCAAACAAAAGUUGAUAGAUGAGGUGUCACGGGUUCAGACCUCCAAUCUUCGUCGAGUGGAGUCAUCGUCUGGCAUGAAAACGAUCUUUUCCAGUGCUGAUUAUCAAAAUACAUUAAGUCAACCAAAACCUCAGUUCGGUGUUCGAAGAAACAACAAUGCGCACAAAGGUCAUCACGCGCACAAAACCCCACCGUCACCAGGGAAAAGCCGUGUACGACCGAAACACAACGAGCAUAAAGCUAUCACUGCCGACCUCUUCGAAAGAAACAACAACCACAAGGAUAGGUCGGAAGUGAAUUCAUUCAUACCGCCUGAUGAGCCACUGGCAACCUCCACGCUAAAACCUGAAGCAAAUACAUCAAAUCGAACAGCCUCUACAGAGGAUCAUGAUUAUCAUUUUGAGACAAUUUUGCAAAAUUCGAAGACAGUUUCUUCAGCAGAAAAUGGGAUCACCGCAACAACGUCAACAUUUGUGGAAACAGAAAGGAAUGGUACAGUUUCUGACACAACGCCGACAGGUACAUUUUCAACAGGGAUGAAACAACAUGAGAGAUGGGAAGAAAAUACGAAAAGUUUUAACCUACCUGACCAAACCAAUACCAAUGUUACGUCUGAGCGUGCUGAAACUGAAAUGGCGUUACCCGACGACAAAAUACAGAGUACUAGUGUGGGCAUGUCGACUACGGAGUCGACUCUAAGCGAGGAAGAUGAGGCUAUUCAAGAACUGUUGGAUAUUGCUCAGGGACAGGAAUCAGAAAUGAAGGAAACUGAGCUUAAAGAGACAUCAUUCCAGUCAGACCAGAACCACAAUGCUUCUCCCUCGGAAAUUAUGGCCAAAACUUCUCUUACAGAAAUGUUAGGAAAUUCUCGAUUUGAAACAGAGACAAGUGAUGUUGAACAUUCUGAGGAAACUGUGGAAAUGGCACACAGAAAUAGUUACGGAUUCACCUUUGAUCUAAACGACAUUAUUUCUUCCACACCGCAAGCAGGAAGCACGUGCGAAGGGAACAGUACUCCUAGCGAUAGAGGUUCUGUGUACUCGGGAAGUGAUCCUCGAUUUGACCGAGGCGAGAGGGUGACAAGUAGUCAGGCGUCAAACAGGAACUCAGCACAAAGCGACGCCGGCCAAGAAGAGCUUGUCUUAACAGAGGCAACUCACAUCGAGUCUGUUCAGGCCGGUCCACUUGAUACAGAGAUACAGUCUCCACCUGAUAGAGAAACCCCUGACACUGAUAAAGGCGUGCUAGUUACCCAUGAUGCCGACAUAUCGCACGAUGACCAAGAGGUAGACAAGAAAAGGGAGCCAGAUGUCACAUCUGACGAUAAUGGAAUUAACGAUUCGGAUCACUACGAUCCGGAUCUCCCAUCUCAGGUAGAAAUUGACGAAACGCAUCGGCGAUUUGACCAAAUGUUAGCAGAUUUGAGUACUAGCUUCGAAGAGGAUUUCACUACCACAGAGAAAUCAGUUGGUAGGCAGUUGUCAUCGGACGCUGAAGUAAUCGUGCAUUCAGUCGAUGACCAUGUGGCUGAGCCUGCGGCGAAUUAUCACGCCAAAGAAGCAGACACAGCUCAAGAGUUUACUGAUCUUGAGUCCAGUAUAAUUUCUGUGCCUGAUGAAGCGGUGACGAGUGACAUUUCUGACUUCUGUGCAGCUGCUGAAAACCAAAAACUGCAGCGCAUGUCAACAGCAUCUAAUAACAGUUCCUCUUCACAUGCCAACAGAGCAGACACCAGUGAUGACAACGUCGAAUAUAAGUCAAGAGCUGCGUCCUCAAACUUCGAAUCGCAGAAUACCAGUCUUACAAAUGCAAUUAAAAAUAAACUGACUCGCCAAGUAUCUGGCGGUAGCGCUUCCCAACAGGAUGCCUCUGGGGAAUUCAUGGAUCUGGAAACCAGCCAGUAUCAUGUAGAUGACAGUGGCUCAUUUCACACAGACACAAAAAUGAGUUUCAGUGCUGGUGGAAAACAAGAGUUAGAGUCGCGUGGGUCUAGCGCCAAGCAGAAUAUAGAACACAGUUUUUCUGAACUCAACUCUAGUUUCCACAAGCAGAUCGGGAAAAUGGACGACAAGGUUAUAUACAGUGAAAUUCCCCCUCGUUCCCAUGAUAGUAGCCCAAGAAACAGCCGAGGAGAAGCAGCAAACGUCGCAGUGAAUACUGCGGUGUAUUCAGAGGCUUAUCAGAUACGACAAUAUCUCGGUACACCCCAAGACAGUGCUUCCGACAACAGCCUACUGUAUGAAUCCAUCAGAGACGAUACAAACUCUUCUAACGAUGUCCGUGAAAACCUGUCCGAGUCUGCGUCUUCUGGAAACAAAACACAAGCGUCUGGUCGACUAUCUCCCCUUGGUGCGGAGGUUUCUGAUGCUGGAGGCAAGUCGUCCUGGAACAGUGAGACGUACACAGUUGGUGGAGGAAACACUGCGUUGCGGGUAACCAGUUCACAGACUACAGAUACACCUAAGGGCAGUAUGGCUACCAGGAGUGUUCCGUACGGAUCAGAGAAGGUUGCCGAUUCUAGUUUUCUCCCAAGAACUCCACGACCGUUUGGCUUUAAUAAAAAUAAGUCAGAGUUCCAGACCCUGUCAGAGAGCGUCAAUGUCAAAGGUUUAGCCAAACAGCUGGAAAAAUCCCUGGACUUUUCAAGAAUGUUACGCUCGCCGGGCAACAGUGCUGAAGAAAAACGUGCUGAUAAAGACACACACAUAUCCUCUUCAAAGAAAACUCACGUGAAAAGUCAAGACCCUAAAGAUGCGUUUGGCAUGGUUUUAAGUGAGAUAUUUCGGAGGAACAGAUUGAAAAGUGUUGAAGAUGAGGAUGAAUACAAUGAAAAGAAAGACUUUCAGACACCUUCCGAGAGUAAUAUUGUGAAAAACAACGCGAAAACUCAGGUAAACCGUGACGGUGAAAACGCUGAAAGGCCAUCUGAAAGGACAGGCGAGGUAUCACCUCAGAACGCAUCUGCGUUUUCUGAAUCACCCGAAGACUUAAAAACAUCAGAGCAAAUUUCGGUUGAAGGCUUCAAGCCGGAAAGUAUCUUAGAUCGGGAAACAUCUCCACAAUACCCUCGGGAGGAUCAGUCGUCUUUGGAAGUGUCCUCGGUGUCUGACACCGAGUCUCAUCGCAAUUCUCUUAAAGAAGAAGAUUCAGCCGGUGAGUUGUCCGUCUCUACCAAGGGAAGUGUCCCUAGUUCGCCUCGAGGAUCCGAGAGCCAAGAACCAGUGUAUGUAGCCGAUAUACUUUACAUUAACAGAGAUGGAAAGAACUCGCCUCAUGAUUCUGUCAGAAAUGAUGAAACACAUUCACAUCGGGAAUCCCUCAACCAAGAACAUUUAAAUAUGGUGAAUUCUGUAAACGACAACAUAAAUGGAACAGCGUCUUCCCAGGAAAGUACAAGACAGACUUUAUCCUACAGGACAGAAUCAGUACGUGACUGGAAAGGUGGGGCAGAUUUAUCCUGGGAAAGGAACGAGUCUAUGUCUGACAGAAGUGAACAUUCCCGCUUGCCUCAGGUAUCAGACAGUCAGGAACGAUCAUUGUCAGAAUCGAUGAAAACAUGCAGAGGAGUAGACACUACUGAUUCAUCUCAUAGAUCUGGGGGAAGAAAGGUGUCUGUAGAAUCGUUAUCAUCUGAACAUACAGACAUUGUCACAGAGACAGUAGAGACAGUGCUCCCUAGAUCAGUGGAGAGAAAGGUGUCUGUGGAAUCGUUAUCAUCUGAUCAUACAGACAUUGUCACAGAGACAGUAGAGACAGUGCUCCCUAAAGCAAAGGAGAGAAAUGUGUCUGUGAAAUCGCUAUCACCUGAACAUACAGACAUUGUCACAGAGACAGUAGAGACAGUGCUCCCUAGAUCAGUGGAGAGAAAGACAUUGUCACAGAGACAGUAG